GAGCUGUGGCAGAGGGGAUCGCUCGCCCACCUGCACGCAGGUGAUGGAGGCAGGGAGCGAGCGCCUGCUACCUGGUCCUGCAGCAUUGGGGGACAGGAUGCCAGACUAGGCAUGGGGCCAGGAAGCCCUCCUCUGACCAGGGUCCGUUCCUUGUUCUGCGAGCAGUUCAGGUGUUCUUGGUUCCUGCCUUGGAUUUUCCCGGGUCUGGAUUUGGUGGUUGGAAAGAAGAAAGGAGGAUGAAAAGUUAAAAAGACAGGAAAGGAAGCCGAGAGGAUGCCUGCAAGGUUCCCAGGGUGCCCGAAGGAUACAAGGGGCGCUCCACUCUUGCUUGGGUGAAUUCCCAGCUCUGCAGGACCUUUUACCAGAGUCCCCGAGAUCGCGCUUGUUUAGGAAGCCCGCACCUGCUCCCGGCCCCAGCUGGGACCAGGGCUGGUCCCUGCUGCGGUGCGCCCUCCCUCGGAAGUGCCGGACGCAGGGCGCAGGGCGCAGAAGGCUAGGUGCGCGGCGACUGCUUUCGGGGUGGAAGCCGGCUCUCCAGGCGCGCGGCGAGGAUGCGGGUGGGAGGGACUUGGCGCCCCAGGGCACGCCCCAGCCAGGUCCACCCCCGGUCUGCGGAGACCUGGCGAGCCGCAGCCCCCGAGCGGCUGCCUAUAUAAGUCACCCGGCGCUGGCAGGGCGCACGGGAGCUUCCAGCCAGCGAGCCUUGGUCCUCCCCGGCGCGAGGGCGGGAAGACGAGAGGUGCGCCCGGUUCCACCUGCAGCCACUGCCCGCGCGCCGCCCAAGCUGCGAGCGUCCCCCGCCUCUCUGAAGUCAGGAAGCCGGUUUGCUGUCCCAGCGAGACAGGGGAAGAGAGGCAGGGAGAAAUUCCACCUUGCGGGGGCCCGAGUCCUUCGUCCUUGCGCCCGCUCGUCGCUCCGCAGUUUGAGCGAAGAUGGUGGGCCUGACAGCCUCGGACGUGCCCCCGACCAUGGCGGUCAAGAUCUUCUCUGCUGGCGUGGCGGCCUGUGUGGCGGAUGUGAUCACCUUCCCGCUGGACACGGCCAAAGUCCGGCUACAGAUCCAAGGCGAAUGCCAGACCUCCAGCACCAUUAAGUACAGAGGUGUCCUGGGAACAAUCACCACUCUGGCAAAAACAGAAGGGCCGAUGAAACUCUAUAGUGGGCUGCCUGCUGGCCUCCAGAGACAAAUAAGCUUUGCCUCUCUUAGGAUCGGCCUCUAUGACACCGUCCAGGAGUUCUUCAGCGCAGGGAAAGAAACAACAGCUGGUUUAGGAAGCAAGAUCUCAGCUGGUCUAACGACUGGAGGAGUAGCAGUAUUCAUAGGGCAACCCACAGAGGUCGUGAAGGUCAGACUUCAAGCACAGAGCCAUCUGCAUGGUCUCAAACCCCGAUACACCGGGACUUACAAUGCUUACAGAAUUAUAGCAACAACGGAAGGCCUGACAGGCCUUUGGAAAGGGACUACCCCCAAUCUGACGAGAAAUGUCAUCAUCAAUUGUACAGAGAUAGUUACAUAUGAUCUAAUGAAGGAGGCCCUCGUGAAAAACAAACUACUAGCAGAUGACCUACCCUGCCACUUUGUGUCAGCUCUCAUUGCCGGAUUUUGCACAACUGUUCUGUCCUCUCCAGUGGAUGUGGUAAAAACCAGAUUUGUUAAUUCUCCACCAGGACAGUACACAAGUGUGCCCAGCUGUGCAAUUACAAUGCUCACUAAAGAAGGACCACUGGCUUUUUUCAAAGGAUUUGUACCUUCCUUCUUGCGACUCGGAUCCUGGAACGUCAUUAUGUUUGUGUGCUUUGAACAGCUGAAGAGGGAACUGAUGAAGUCAAGGCAGACCAUGGACUGUGCCACAUAAUCGUCUUCAGGAAAAGGAUGUAACACAAUGGUGGGAAUCUGUGCUGACUGACCAGAUAAUUAAAAUCCAAAACAAACAGAACCUACUCAUUUUAUUUCACCCUAAAAAGAUAGAGGAACACUAAUUGAAUUUUGGACUUUUUAAAGAAAAAAUUGUAUUUAUUUCUUGUGACUUUUAUUCUCAGUGUUUUAAGAGGGAGUGUUUUAAAGAAAAAAUUGUAUUUAUUUCUUGUGACUUUUAUUCUCCAUGUUUUAAGAGGGAGAAAACAAAACACUCAGUAUGCACCCUGGCAAAUGCAGUGUCCGGAUAAAUGACUGAAUCCGCCUGUUUGGGGAGGGCUGGGGUCUUACGAUUGGAUAUGAAGAACUUUAAUAUGUUUUAAUUAUAAUUCAGGUCGCCAGAAGAGGCAAAUGGAGCAGUGCAUUUUAGGUUUAUAAAUAUUUAAUGUUUCCUUUUAACUUAUUAACCCAGUUGUAAGUUAAUAUAUUCAAUAAAGGACCAUUAAUACCUUUAAAGGUUUGCCGUUUUGGACCUAUAUCUGAAUCUAAGACUUGCAGUUCACCUAGACUACAAAGUGGUCCAAUAACAAGUGAAGGUCUUUAGAACCAAUAGGCAGAAACUUACUUUAAAUGUAAUUAUUAGUUUUUUUUUUUAAUUUUUAGAGUCUAUAUUUUACGGCACUUUUAACAACUUCUAAUCUAAGUCACUAUAGUCAUUUGGGCCUAUUGUUAUUAGAAUCAUGGU